ACUAGUUAUUUUAUUUUUAUUGUCAAAAAAAAAAAAAAAAAAAAAUAUCUAAGUAUGCUCUGUGGUUGCGGUUUCGACUGAUCUUCCUCAUCAGAAAAUGUUUCUUGUCUUUGUCAUUUAAUUUUAUUAUUCAUUUAUGCUUGCUAAUUGUGUUUAUUUCUUGUAAUUUUAAUUUGCCAAAAAAAAAAUUAAAAUCUCUUGAAAUUCUAAUUAUGCUCUAUGGUUGCAAUUUCAAUUGAUCUUCCAUAUCAGAAAAGGUUUCUUGAGAUUUUCACAAAAAAAAAAAUUGUCAUUGAGUUAUUACCAUGUUUCCUGUUGGUAGCAUAGGUUACAUGAGCCAAAAUGGAUGCCCUUGGAAUAGUACUAGGAAUUUUAACAAUGUAUAUCAUCCUAGGGAAAGAGAAGACAUCAACGCUCAAAUCGAAAAUUUGUUUAGAACACUAGAUGUCUUACAAGCUAGGCAAACUCAAGAUGACCAUAGGGAGAUAAACAGUGCAUUUCACUCUCAUCACCAUGAGAAUUGUAGUCAUCCCUUGGAAAAUCCCAUUGAUUUUAGUUGGAAGCCUGAGUACAACUAUUAUGCAUCAUCGCACUUUGAUUAUAAUGAAACCAAUGAUGUGCAUGCUUAUGGGAAUUCCUCAGAAAUCCCAUUUGAUCCCACCUAUAAUCCAAAUUUUACAUGGAGUCAAAACUUGUCUCCAAUGAACCAUGUGCAUCAAUUCAACAUGCCUAAUCUAGGUUAUGCCCAACCCGAUCUGUCAUAUCCUCCUCAACAAGAAAUCAAUCCAUCUCUAGAGGAUACCCUACAACAGUUCAUGCAGUCAACCCAACAAAUUUUACAAAAUCAGUCUCGAUCCAUUUCCAACAUCGAGAAACAAAUAAGUCAUCUUGCAACUGUUUUGAUAGAGACGGAAAUACAAGUUCUUCCUAGUCAACCCAUUCCCGACCCAUUAGUGCAAACCGAGAGUGAAAAAAUGAACAAAGUUUUCAAAGAACCUGUAAUAAGCAUCCAAUUGCUAAUUGAAACAAAUGAGUUUGAUGAAUUGAUUGAUGGGGCUCAUGAGGAAAAUGAAAAAAAUACAAUUGUACCUCAAGAGCCAAUAAUUGAGCAAAUUUUCAUACAUACUCAAUUUGAAAAGGAGGAUAAAAAAGAUGUGCAAUUUUCUUACUUCAUUGAAAUGCCACCAAAAUUGCAUGUCUCUAAUUACUUUGUAGGUGUGAUGCUUUCAAUUCUCAUUUAUGGCAUUUGCAUCAACAUUAUAGUUCACCCUACAAAUGAAAUUCUACACCAUCGAUUGGGUGUAGGAUAAAAAUAAAAAUAAAAAUAGUCGGGCUAAAGACUAUAAACUAAAGCGCUUUGUGGGAGGCAACCCAUAAGUUUCAAGUUCCAUUUUGUAUUUCCUUUUGUAUUUCACGUUUGUUGUGUGUUUGUUUCAUGUUUUUCAAGUUCAAAUAAGUUUGAAGGAAACUUCUAGCCCAAAAACGAAGGAGCCAAAUCAUGGAAGCAUACAUUCAAGGGAGUUUUCUUAACUUUUUCAAAUUUAUUGCUCAUUGAGGACAAUGUUUUGUUUAAGUUUGGGGGUAGUGUUGUGUGUUUUUUUUUAUUUAUUUAUUUUUUUUUAUAAAAUGUUCAAAAAAAUUUUUGGUGAUUUUUCAUUUUUAGAUGAUAAAUUGAAUUUGAAUUUAGUUCUUAGAAAAAUGUGAAUAUUUCUUAAGCUCUAUUUUUAAUCUUUGGGUUAGUCUUGCUUAGAUAUAGAUUUUUCAUAAAAGAACACUUUCUAUCUUUCUAAGAAUUUUUGUGUAUUUUAGAUUAAUUUAUAUAAGCAUAAAAUUUUGUAAGUCUCACAAGUCCUAGAAUUCGAUUAAUUAUCUCUUGAGGCGAAAUCCUAGAAAAGCACAUCAUUAGGGAAAUGAUUUAGGCUAUCUUUGGAACGUUUGAGCCUUUUGACUUAAUCACCGUUACACACAUUAUUCCCUAGUUUACCCCAUUUGAGCCAAACACGAGCCUUGUUAUUGUUUUACCCAUAUGUGAAAUGUAAAACUUCUUCAUAAAUUUCAUUCUUUACACAUGAGAAAAUAUCAUAGAGCUAUGCAUCUUGAUUUGUUACCAAAGUGAAAAUAGGAAAGAAAUUCGGAAAGCCACAUCUUAAAAAAAAAAAAAAAAAACAAAACAAAAAUAUUGUGGCAAGCUAAAAAAAAAAAAAAAAAUUGAAGAUUCCAAAUGGGUGGAAAGAAUUACUAUGGAAAUGUUAUGGCGUAUACUUGAAAUAUUGUGAUGUCUAGUGAAAAGUUCGGAAAUACUCAUGUGUUAGGAAAAAGUGAUCUAAGCUUAAAUUCAAUAUCAUUUUUCUCACCUUUUUCUUUACCCGCACAUUACAAGCCUAUAAAGUCCUAUUGAUCCUUGAUUUUGUGUUGUUCUACAUUAGUGGAGAGAGAUAAGAAAAACGAACCUAUGGGACUUUGGUACGAAAAAAAAAAAUUAAUUCAUCAUUCCUUGAGAUUUAAUUAUUUUAUCUUUGCAUAAAUUUUUCCAAAAUUCCACAUGAUUACUUGGUAAAUAGUUUUGUGUUUCCAUAUUGAAAAUUAGUUGUUGAAAGCAAGAUUGACUAUUGGAUUAAUUACAUGAGCUUAAUGUCUCUUCAUAAUUUUCUUUGAGCUACUUUCAUUAUGCAAUUUUUGAGGAAAACAUUUGAUAUCUCCAAUUAAAAAAAAAAAAAAAGUGUGUUUUUAAUUUUUCUUUUCCUUGAGGACUAGCAAAACAUUAAGUUUGGGGGUGUGAUAACUCUACAAAAUAGAGUUAUUUUACCACAUUUUAUAAGCCAAUUGUUGCUUAGUUCUUGAGUUUUUAAUUAAUUUAUCAAUUUUUUAAGUAAUUUUGAAUUUAUUAGUUUUAUUUUGAUUUUAUGUAUUUUUAUUUGUUUUUUUGUAUUUAUUUUGUUUAAUUAUGUUGUUACUAAUUUAUGUGUGUUUAAUUUCUUUAUGUAGGUGUAUUUGUUGGGAGCAAAUGAAAUGUUGAUAAAAUGUUGGUAUAAAGAAAUGAAGAAAUCAAGCCCAAAAUGAAAGGCCCAAUCCAAUUCUUGACAAUGCCAUGUCAUCAAUCCAUGUGCUUCUUUCUCCACCAUUGGAUUUGUAACUAUAGGAAAAGAUGACAAUUUUGAGCAUGAAUCCAUGUGCUUUUUUUUAGACCAAUAGGAGUGUUAUCCUUUACCAAAGAAUUUAUCUAUAAAUAGGAGUCUCAUUUCACCAUUUCAAGCACACCUUCUCUUACACCACUUCUUCCAUCUCUCUAUUCUCUCCAUCUUUUUCUUUUCUUAGAUUAGUUUUUAUGUAUUUUUAGAGGAAUAAUUUGGAGGUUCAUCCUCCAAAUUUUCCUAUUUAUGUUGUAAUUUUUAUUUUGUUUUUUUUUAUAGUUAUGGGUUUCUAAUCCACUUAAAAUUAUUAAGGUGGAGGAUGAACCAAGAUAUAACUAUAUAGUGUUUAUUUUAUGUUGACCUCCCAAAAUGAGCAAUAAAGUUUAUGAUUUUUCUUCUUCUAAAUGUUUCUUUCAUCUAUAAUAUCAUGUAUUUUAGAUUGUUAGAACAUAUUUUACUUGGUUCUUAAUUGUGCAAAAGCAUAGUAUUCUUUGAUUAAGAUGUGUCAUUAAAUUGUUCACAUCCAAUGCUUAGAACAAAAAUACUAUAUUUUGCUUUAGAAAUAACAUUAUUUGAUUUUUUUGUAGUUUCAUUAAAUUGAUUCACAACUAAUGCUUUGAAGUUAUACUAUUGAAGUGAAGGAAAAUCUAUAUUUUUGAAUUAAAGAGAGCUUAAAGGAAGUAUAAUGUUUUGGAAAAGGUAAUUAAAUUGAUUUCAAUUAUCACUAAAAAUUGGGAAGUCAACAUAUUAAUAAAUAUUAUUAUUUAUAUUUUGUGGAUUCUAAAAUCUUAAUAAUUUUAUAAAUAACUAUUAAAAACAAAUCUUUUUAAUUUAUUUCUUUUAAUUUUUUUUAGUAUUUUUUUUCUUUAUUUUAAAACAAAACACAUAAAUCUUUGGAACUAGGUUAGAAAUUUAUUUCACUUUGGUAAAAAUAGUUUUCUCUUUUUGAUUUAAGUCAACUCCUUUGGGUUCGACCUCGUGCUUACACGAAAACUAUUCUAUAAAUACGAUUCGUGCGCUUGCGAGUAUAAAUAUUUAAAACAUACCCGUUUUGGGUCCAUCAAGUUUUUGGCGCCGUUGCCGGGGAGUUGUAAAGAAGAGAAACAAUUUGUGUCAAGGUGUAUUUGUUGGGAGCAAAUGAAAUGUUGAUAAAAUGUUGGUAUAAAGAAAUGAAGAAAUCAAGCCCAAAAUGAAAGGCCCAAUCCAAUUCUUGACAAUGCCAUGUCAUCAAUCCAUGUGCUUCUUUCUCCACCAUUGGAUUUGUAACUAUAGGAAAAGAUGACAAUUUUGAGCAUGAAUCCAUGUGCUUUUUUUUAGACCAAUAGGAGUGUUAUCCUUUACCAAAGAAUUUAUCUAUAAAUAGGAGUCUCAUUUCACCAUUUCAAGCACACCUUCUCUUACACCACUUCUUCCAUCUCUCUAUUCUCUCCAUCUUUUUCUUUUCUUAGAUUAGUUUUUAUGUAUUUUUAGAGGAAUAAUUUGGAGGUUCAUCCUCCAAAUUUUCCUAUUUAUGUUGUAAUUUUUAUUUUGUUUUUUUUUAUAGUUAUGGGUUUCUAAUCCACUUAAAAUUAUUAAGGUGGAGGAUGAACCAAGAUAUAACUAUAUAGUGUUUAUUUUAUGUUGACCUCCCAAAAUGAGCAAUAAAGUUUAUGAUUUUUCUU